UGAGCCCUCCCAUGCUGCGUGUGGCGCUGUGCCUUCUGGCACUGCGAGUUGUGUUGUCGCGCAGUUACCAGUCUGCUCGACUCUGGUCGCCGUGAUGCAGAAAUAUGAGAAAUUGGAGAAAAUCGGCGAAGGAACCUAUGGGACAGUGUUUAAAGCAAAGAACAAAGAAACUCAUGAAAUUGUGGCACUGAAGAGAGUUCGACUGGAUGAUGAUGAUGAGGGAGUGCCCAGCUCCGCCCUACGAGAAAUCUGUCUUCUGAAGGAGCUGAAACAUAAAAACAUUGUGAGGCUGCACGAUGUUCUUCACAGCGAUAAGAAGCUGACCCUCGUGUUUGAAUAUUGUGAUCAGGAUUUGAAGAAAUAUUUUGACAGUUGUAAUGGAGAUCUUGAUGCAGAGAUUGUGAAGUCAUUCAUGUAUCAGUUGCUGAAAGGAUUGGCAUUCUGUCACAGCAGGAAUGUGCUGCACAGGGACUUAAAACCCCAGAACCUCCUGAUCAACAGGAAUGGGGAGCUGAAGCUGGCCGACUUUGGGCUGGCUCGAGCAUUUGGGAUACCUGUCCGAUGUUAUUCUGCUGAGGUGGUGACGCUGUGGUAUCGCCCUCCAGAUGUACUGUUUGGUGCCAAACUUUACUCAACGUCUAUCGACAUGUGGUCAGCAGGUUGCAUAUUUGCAGAGUUGGCAAAUGCUGGAAGGCCUCUAUUCCCUGGGAAUGAUGUGGAUGAUCAGCUGAAGAGAAUUUUCCGCUUGCUGGGAACCCCAACAGAGGAACAGUGGCCGACUAUGACCAAGCUUCCCGAUUACAAGCCCUAUCCUAUGUAUCCAGCGACAACAUCCCUACUAAACGUUGUUCCAAAGCUCAACACUACUGGUCGAGACCUACUGCAGAACCUGUUGAAGUGUAACCCGGUGCAGAGAAUUUCAGCCGAGGAAGCCUUACAACAUCCCUACUUUGCGGACUUCUGCCCUCCCUAAAGGAACACCUGCCCUUUGGCACUUUUCCAGUCACGUACCCACCCCGUGUCACUAGGCCUGAAGGAUCAACUGAAACUCGAGCUGCCUCUCUCCUCUCUGUGCUUCUUGUCACAGUCACGACCAAAGUGGUGGACCCUUGAGGUGAUCUCAUUGUGGGCAGGUUCUUAAGAAUGAGAAUCUCACUUGAAGCAUUGGUGUGUUUGUCUGGAAGGAUUUUUAUUUUAGCAUUCCAUACAGAGCAUCGUGAAGAAAAGCACUUUUUGUCUGUAAAGAAUUCAUCUGACAUUUGUACAGUCGGCUAUCUUGUUUGUGCACGUGUAUCCUUAUUCACAAGUGUGUUGUGCAUCAGCAAGUGUGACUUCAUGCACAGGUGUGUUGCCUCUGUAUAUAUGCCUGUAUAUCAUGUGUUGCCAUGUAUCUAGUAUUCAUAAAUGUCUCAAGUAGUUAUGUAUUAUAUUCAUUAUGUGUGUAAUUUUGUCACUUUUUGUUAAUGUAUGUUAAACAUGCCCUUCUCUAUAAUUUCUGCUCUCCCUCAUCUAUGUCAUUACUUGUCAGUUACAGAGCAUCCAGGUUAGUGCUGUGUGGUCUCUUUGAGUGGGGUGUGUGUUGUCAGUGUUCCUGGGGGUCUGUAUGUUAUCAUGGAUUAGAAUAUUUGUGUGAUUUCAGAAUAUUUUGUUUACUGUAUUAGUGUGAACUCAUGGCACUCAGCCUGUGAUAAUGUGUUGUGGAGAAUGACUUUGGAGCUUUUCAUUAGUGAAAGCACUUUUUUUCAAAGAAAUGUGAAACUUUCAAAAACUGUUUAUAAUUUUGUUGUUGGCGGGUGCAUGUGUUUGUGCACACACUUGUACAUGAUGUCACUGUUUGCUAUUGAUGUGUGUGUAGUGUGUAAUAUAUGCUCCCGUGUGUCUCUGUUAAUGUGCUUUUGUGUGUGUGUGUGUGUGUGUGUUUUAGGGACCCUUUAUUUUUUGCUGGAUGCCACUGUCACUGAGUGAAGAUUCUGUGGAGCUCAAAUUCCAAGAGUCAUCAUAUCAGCAUCCACCCAAACCUUACAGCUUGACCUUGCUACUGAACAAGGUCUCACUUAUUCUGGUUCAGCAGUAUUGUUGGAAAUUCCAGUUAAUGCACUUGUUUCAACACUUAGAUUAUUGAAUUGUUCCAGUUCCUCUUGUGUUUUGGUAGCAAAGAAAGUAAGCACUUGUCUGUGCAACAUACUGUAGCUGAUAAAUAUCAAUCUGCAAGCAACUUGUAAACCAUGGCAGAAAAUCAUUAUGGCAUAAUUUACUGGAGUGCCAGACUUUAUACCUCCUUGAGUGCAAAACAAUUAAUAAAAGUGGAAUGGUUUGAAAAUUUCAUU